UUUUUUUUUUUUAUUUCUGAGAGGGUUUGACUCGCUUGCAUAGAUGCGCGUGCGCACACGAGUAACGGGGACUUUAAGAUAAAAUCUGAAAAGAGUCACACUUGAUUCCCUUAAUUUUUUUUCUUUCUUUCUUUGUUCAUGAUCAAGACAGUAGCAAACACAACACGAUCUAUCUCACCUACUCGUACUUUCUUUCGUUUACCCAUCACUAUUCAAAAUAUAGACCAUGCUCGAGCCAUUUUCAAAACGCUUUCAAGUUAUGGUGAUAUGAUUGAAUAUAAAUUCAUGAGAUGUCCUGAAACACAGGUUUAUCUUCGCUAUGGGUUUGUUGUUUAUAAGUACAGUCAAGACGCCCAUAAGGCUAUUGCUGAUCAAUUUAUUCGAGUGAAUUCGGAUGUGUUUAAAGCACCUUUUGAUAUCAAGAUUGAAAAAUCCGUCAAUCGUGCACAUCCUACACAAUAAGCAAGGGAGAGAAGGGGGUUUGUUUAGAUCAUGCCAUUUUUCAUCAUUUUAUUUUUCCUUACAAGUAGUUUACCAUAUGUUUUUUUUUUGCAAGUUUAAUUUAGAAGUAAACCAUGAUUUCUUUAAAUGUGCAUAUGCAUAUACAUUAAAAAGGAGAAAGAGGGAGGUAUGGUUUAACUCGUAAG